UAAUGCAAGAACAUAGCGAUCCACCACAUAUACAGCUGUCCACGGGACUCCAAAGAGGACCAGCAGUCCAAACCAAGAGCUCCAGACCAGACACGAUGGGGGUAGCAAUGGGACCGCUGCUUCACUGGCUGCAGGAUGUGGCUUCUGUGACUUUCAACAAAGCCCGACGGACGCUAUUUCAGGCCGCCAUCCUCUUCUGCAUCUUGUGUCUACUGCUAUGGGUGUCCAUAUUUCUUUACGGGAGCUUCUACUACUCCUACAUGCCCACUGUGAGCUUCUCCACUCCUGUGCACUUCUACUACAGCUCUGAUUGUGAUGCUGCAGAAUCCGGUCUGUGCUCCUUUCCCACAGCCAACAUAUCUUUCAUGAAAAAUGAAAGGGAUCAGGUGAUGGCCAACGGUCAGCCUUACAGAGUGUCUUUGGAGUUGGAGAUGCCGGAGUCUCCAGUGAAUGAACAGCUGGGAAUGUUCAUGAUCAAGAUGUCCUGUUACACCAGAGGUGGGAGGACUGUCUCGUCAGUGGGACGAUCAACAAUGCUGCAUUACCGCUCCAGCCUCCUGCAAACUCUGAGCACUUUAUUCUUCUCUCCUUUCCUCCUGACUGGGAUGGCUGAGCAGAAACAGCUCAUAGAAGUGGAGCUCUAUCCUGAUUACAAGAUAAAUGCCUAUCAUCCCACUGUGGGUGCAGUCAUUAUGAUCCAGUCCAGACGGGUUCAGAUCUACUCAGCUCAACUCCGCAUCCAUGCUUAUUUCACUGGUAUACGUUAUCUUUUGUAUAACUUCCCCCUGACAUCUGCAGUGAUCGGAGUGGCAACCAACUUUGCCUUCCUCAGCGUCAUUGCGCUGUUUGGAUACCUACAGUUCAUGUGGGGUGGGCUAUGGCCUCCAGACCAGGUCAGAGUCAGGGUCAUGAUGGGAGACAACACCCGGAUCCAGAAGCGGAGGGAGGAGGCUCGGAAGCGCAUGGAAAGGGAAAAUUCACAGAAAGAACUUAACGCUCCAGCGGUGAUUGGCUCAAUGAAUGGGACAUGUGAUUUCCAGGAAAAUAGCACCGUAGCAAAAUCUUCAUCUGAGAACCCCUCUGUAUUCCCAGAUGUCUCUGGGGCAGAAGCUGCACUUACUAAGGAAGAAGAGUCUCAUGAUUCAGAAGGACCCGAGGAAACUGAUGGGUCAAAUGGGCUGAAUGGCAGCCUUCAGUCUCAACCUGGAGAGACAGCCAUUCGCCACAGACCUGGACCUUGGAUGAGUCUCUGAACGAUAGAAUAACCGUAAUAUUGCAUAUAUUCUUUAGCACUUUGAAUGUAGAAAUGUAGAUUUAGACUAAAGCAAACCUACAACCUGUCGGAAUUCAGUCCGAAUAUGUGACCCAUGUUGCUUAAGACCUGUGUCUUAUUGUUUUGUCGCAGUUUAAAUUUGACCUCUGUUGACUUCUUUACUUUUGUUGCAAUACGGUUACAAGUCAAAUGUUGGUGAGAUUUGAGUUGCCUAGUUCAGGAGGUGUUACAUUCCAGCUCUGGCAUGUCGGUCGGUUGUCCAACACACCCUUUUAAGUGACUGAACCUGCUUGUGUUUUAUCUCUGGAUUAUGGUAUUUUCCAGAGAUGCACCGAUCGGGCUUUUCUGGCUGAUACAGAUCUGCGUUUAUAGACUAAAAAAGGUUUGAGUUCAUGAUGCAUUUAGUAAUAAGGAAAAAAAUAUAAUUUUUAGUAUUUGAUCUACCAGUCACAUCAAUACAAAUUGGCACCUUCCCGAUCUCUGAUCGAUUAAUGAAUCCUUGUAUUUUCUGAAACCACAAUCACCCCUAAAAAACAUAUUUAAGGGCCUUCUAAUCAUAUAUACUUUAGCUUUAAUGUCUUUAGAACUGAGACAUUAUUUUUAUGUAGGUGCCAUGCAGUUGAAACAAAAUUCAGGUGCAUGUGACUUUUGCUCACAGAAGCUCUUUCAAAGCAAUUUGAUUUGGAAAUUUUGCCCAACAAAAAGCAUCUUAGUUGUUACCAACUUUCCAUAAAAACAUUGAUCCAGCCUGAGGGAAGCAAUUUGGACCUUUUUGUUUGGUAAUACAAAGCCAGGUUCUGUCUCAGUGUAAUUGGUGAGUUGAAGCUUGAGUAUUUUAACAGCAGUUGUUCAUUCUUGUUGCAUAUCUUUGUAAAAGUGCAGUUGGCGAUCUUGUUUUUACCAACCAGCUCAUAUAAUUUUAGACCGGUGUGUUCAUUAAUAUGUUUGUAUUUAUUAGCGUAGAACAUGGAUAUUUGAAGUUACUGUUGAAGUUGACGCACUUGCUAAAGGCGAUGCAGGUGUUGUAUGGCUAAGCCUCUGAGUAUUUAACCUGAGCUUUGGAUUUCAUUUUUAUUGUUGCUCUGAGUUCGGUUUUUUGGAUGUAGGAUUUUGUACCAGAGAUAUUCGCAGAUAUGUUUGAUCUUUUCAAAAAUAUGUACAAAUGUUAUUUAUGUGUUUGAAGAAACAAAAUAAAUAUAUCUAUAUAUAGAUAUAUAAAUA